AUGCGCAGCGCACCUCGCAAAGCAGCAAGGCCGUGGGGGCGAAAACGUACGCUGUGCAACGCAGUAACGGACCGCGCAAGGACUUGUAAACGAACAAAGGACGGCACAAUGAUCAAGUCCCGGCUCGCUCAGCCCCGAUUCAAUUCAUCCCCAUCCCGCGCGGCCAAGACGCGGGCGUUCCAAGGAAGUUUUGCAGCUGGGGCGGGUGCGGGUUCCCCCGGUAGGUCCACGGUCACGGGUAAUGUAAUGUAA